AUGGAGAUGGGGGGCGAGCUGGACUUCGAGCUGGGGGGCGACAAGAAGAUUCUGAUCGAGAAGUUCUCGAAGCAAUUCGAGCUUGUGUUCCCUCGCCAGCAAUGGCUGCUUGCGAAAGAAGCGACGCGGCGAGAAGGAGAGACAUAUGGGACAGACGAAGAGAUUCAAAGAGAAUUCACUCGACUAUUCGGUCAGCCCAAGUCAAGAUUCAUCGGAAGUUCGGACCGGCUGAUGGCUGUGUGA